UAGACCGGCUCUAGAACCGACGGAACUAGGCUUUUGUGAGGUCUCCUUCGGAAUCGUAAAGGGUUCUCCACUUCUUCCUUGCAUUUCUGGCCUCAUUCUUCAGACUUACUGGGUCUUCCUCGUGGUGGCUUCUCAAUAGACCUCAGCCCAGUAGCUGCCCCCUGAGGUUUGGGAGGACAGAAGACUUUGGUUCCCGGGGCCGUCUGGUAUUCAUCAGCUUAGAGGUAUUUGGUUUCUGCAAGAAUUUGUUCAAGACAUUUAAAAAUGUCGUCCAAACAAGAAAUAAUGAGUGACCAGAGGUUUAGGCAGGUUGCAAAGGACCCAAGAUUUUGGGAAAUGCCAGAAAAGGAUCGAAAAGUCAAAAUUGACAAGAGAUUUCGAGCCAUGUUUCAUGACAAAAAGUUCAAGUUGAACUAUGCUGUGGAUAAAAGAGGACGCCCAAUCAACCAUAGCACUACAGAAGACUUAAAACGUUUUUAUGACCUUUCAGAUUCUGAUUCUGAUCUUUCCGAUGAAGAGAGCAAAACAUUUAAUCAAAAGAAAAUGAAGAACAAAAAACCCCAGAUGAAAAAGGAAGUAGAUCCAAAAAAUCUGUUUGAGAAAAACAAAGAAACCAAGAAAGUUAAUCAAAUGGAUUUGGAAAAUAAAAGUGAUUUACAUAAUUCUGAAAGAAUUCAGAAAAUGAAAAAUGCAUGUAAAUCUAAGGUAGAUUCAAACACAAGUCCAAAGAAAGAUAGCAAAGAUUUUACCCAAAAAAGUAGACGAGAGAAAAAAAACAUUGUUCAACAUAACACAGAUUCUUGUCCCAAAGGAAAACUAAGGAAAAUAGACUCUGACACCUUUGACAUUGUGAAAUCUCCUGAGAUGAAGUGUUCUAAGACAAGAGAAUUGCAAUCAGUAGUUCCACCCGUGAUAGCAAGAGACAGUGAUAUUCAUGAAAAUUCAGUGGGCGGCAAAAUGUUUGACAAAGGUGCUCUGAAGGAAGAUUCAGAAAGUGUUAGUGAAAUAGGAAGUGAUGAAGAAUCUGAAAGUGAGAUUACAGGUGUUGAUAGAGCUUCAGUUGCUGAUGAUAAUGUAGAGGAAGAUGAGGAAGAAGAUGAAGAUGAGGAUAAUGAAGAGAAUGAAAGUGACAGUGGUCCUGAUCUUGCAAGGGGUAAAGGAAAUAUAGAAACUAGUUCUGAAGAAGAAGAUGAUAUGGCAGAUUUGUUUCCAGAAGAAUCUGGUUUUGAGCAUGCUUGGAGAGAAUUAGAUAAAGAUGCUCCUCGGGCUGAUGAGAUUACACAUCGAUUAGCAGUUUGUAACAUGGAUUGGGAUAGAUUAAAGGCAAAAGAUUUGCUGGCUCUGUUCAAUUCAUUUAAACCUAAAGGAGGUGUUGUAUUUUCUGUAAAGAUAUAUCCUUCAGAGUUUGGAAAGGAGAGAAUGAUGGAAGAACAAGUUCAAGGACCAGUAGAGUUAUUAAGCAUUCCUGAAGAUGCCCCCGAAAAGGACUGGACCUCUAGAGAGAAAUUGAGAGAUUAUCAGUUCAAACGACUGAAGUACUAUUACGCAGUAGUAGACUGUGAUUCUCCUGAAACAGCCAGUAAAAUUUAUGAGGAUUGUGAUGGCCUGGAAUUCGAAAGUAGUUGUUCUUUCCUAGAUCUAAGGUUUAUACCAGAUGAUAUUACUUUUGAUGAUGAACCUAAGGAUGUAGCCUCAGAAGUGGAUCUAACAGCAUAUAAACCAAAAUAUUUCACAUCUGCUGCAAUGGGAACAUCAACGGUGGAGAUCACUUGGGAUGAGACUGAUCAUGAAAGAAUUACAACAUUCAAUAGGAAGUUUAAAAAGGAAGAACUUUUGGAUAUGGAUUUUCAAGCCUACUUAGCUUCUUCUAGUGAAGAUGAAGAGGAGAUAGAAGUGGAGUUCCAAGGUGCUGAUAGAGUUGAUAUAGAAGAAGAUGGAAAAACAAAGAAAAGUCAGAAGGAUGAUGAAGAACAGAUUGCUAAAUAUAGGCAGCUCUUGCAGGUUAUUCAAGAAAAAGAAAAGAAAAGCAAAGAAAAUGAUAUGGAAAUGGAAAUUAAGUGGGUCCCAGGUCUUAAAGAAAGUGCAGAAGAGAUGGUCAAAAACAAAUUGGAAGGAAAAAAUAAACUGACUCCUUGGCAACAAUUUUUAGAGAAGAAAAAAGAGAAAAAAAGACUGAAAAAGAAACAGAAGGCUCUUGCUGAAGAGGCCAGUGAAGAGGAACUUCCCUCUGAUGUUGAUUUGAAUGACCCAUACUUUGCUGAAGAAGUUAAAAAAAUAGGUAUAAAGAAAAAAUCAAUAAAAUCUGCAAAAGAUGGCAUGUCUCCAGAAGAAGAAACUGAAACGGAAAGACAAAAGGCUGAAAUGGCUUUGCUGGUGAUGGAUGAGGAGGAGGACAGCAGGAAACACUUCAAUUAUGACAAGAUUGUUGAGCACCAGAAUCUGAGCAAAAAGAAGAAAAAACAGCUCAUGAAAAAGAAAGAAUUAUUAGAAGAUGACUUUGAGGUAAACGUAAGUGAUGCACGGUUCCAGGCAAUGUAUACUUCCCACUUGUUCAAUUUGGAUCCCUCAGAUCCUAAUUUCAAGAAAACAAAAGCUAUGGAAAAAAUCCUUGAGGAGAAAGCCCGGCAGAGAGAACAAAAAGAACAAGAACUUACUCAGGCAAUAAAGAAAAAAGAGAGCGAGAUUGAGAUUCAACACAAAUCACAAAAGAAGUCCAUUGAUCCUGCAUUGUCAAUGCUAAUUAAAUCUGUAAAAAAUAAAACAGAACAGUUUCAAGCAAGAAAAAAACAAAAAGUCAAAUAACUGGUAUUGUUUCUUUUGGUAUUGAGAAUAUAUUGUCCUAUACAGAAAUAGUAAAAGGAAUAUUUAUUGGGAACAAAGUUAGCUUUCAAGAAAAGAAUAAAAUCUUAUUCUGACCAUAGUAAAAUUUUUCUCCAGAAAUAAUUGUUGUAUAUAAUAGUGGAUGACUGACACAUUUAUACUGUAUGUUCCCACAGAUAAAUUAUAAUUAAAUCAGAUUACUGGAUUAUAAGAUUUAUAACAUUUUAUAUUUUGUUAUGUUCAGUUAUAACUAGUACAAAGUUACUCUAGCUCUUUAAAAUAAAUAUUGUUCACAAUUCUAUUAUACGUUAAAAGAGUGGUAUCUACUCUGAAGUCUUUGUAAAGGUCAGGGACAACUUGAUGAUGUGUAUAUGUAAUACAUUAAUUUCUCUGGAUCAGGAGGCAGAUUUAGAUUGCUAUUAAAAUAAUUUAUUUUUCUAGCCACAAAGGGUGAAAGCUAAGGACUUUCUUUGUAGUUUAGUUAUGUUAAUGUAGUUUAUGAAAUUAACUUGUAAAUAAAGGUACAAGAUAUUUUUAUUAUUUUGUAUAGCCAUGAUUUAUUUCAUUUUGUGCAACUACUUUCUGGAAAAAUACCUGAAAAACUGACUUUAAGUCUUUCAGAGGACAACUCCAUGAAAAGAUAGUUCUGGGUUUGCAUUGCUUAUAAUUGCAUUUAAAAUGUUCGUAAACUCUUCAAUGGUUUUCUAUCUGUAGCAACAGAAAAUCCUUCUCCCCUUCAGAUUGUUGUAAUGCAGGAAAUUGAAUAUGCUGCUGUAGAUUUUAUGGAAAUCUUGAUUCUUUUUAAAGUUAAAAUACAUUGGGCAGUGCCUGUGGUUCAGUGAGUAGGGCGCCGACCCCGUAUACCAAGGGUGGCAGGUUUGAACCCAGUUUGUUGCAGUUGUCAAACUGCAACAAAAAAUAGCCAGGCGUGGUGGUGGGUGCCUAUUAUAGUCCCAGCUACUCGGGAGGCUAAUGCAAGAGAAUUGCCUAGGCUCAAGAGCUGGAGGUUGCUGUGAGCUGCACUCUACCGAGCACGGCAAAGUAAGACUCUGUCCCCCCCACCACCAAAAAAAAUUACAACACAUCUUCAAGGCCUUAACAUUUUAAUCUUCUCUGGUCUAGAUGUUAUAAACUAUUAACUGACCAUUUGAAUAGGAAAAUUAGAUGAGCUAUAUAAAUGAAAUAAAACAAAAAUGAUGACUUGGAAGAGAUGUAAGGAUGGAACCUUCUGAAAGGCAGUAGGCGUCAGGCCAGAUUUGUGGUUAAUAGUAAACUUGUCAUUUUGAGUAUAAAAAUUCAGACUCAUCAUAUAGCAUCUUAUUAGGGAGUAAAAGGAUGAAAAACUCAAAGUGAUAUCAAAAUAAUAAAGGAGUUAUUAUCUCUGAAAUGUGAAGAGAAAAAGGACAUUUAUUUUGUUCAUUUUAACAGUGAGAAAAAUGCUGAGUAUCUCAACAGAGAAUUGUUUCAUCAUAAAGCACUGACAUUGCUGGGUUAUUCUGUCAAUUAAAACCGUGUUCUUGGCUUGGCACCUGUAGCUCAGUGGCUAGCGCGCCAGCCACAUACACUGGAGCUGGCAGAUUCCAACCCAGCCCCAGUCUGCCAAAUGACAACUACAACCAAAAUAAAAAGCCAGGCAUUGUGGGUGCCUGUAGUCCCAGCUGAGGCAAGAGAAUCACUUAAGCCCAAGAGUUUGAGGUUACUGUGAGCUGUAAUGCCACGGCACUCCACCAGAGUGACAUAGUGAGACUCUCUCUCAAAAUAAAAACAGUGUUCUUGUGAAUACAUCUGUGAACUUCCCAGUAUCUACUCACCACUGAAAGGUCAUGAAUCUUAAUAUGUUUCUUACUAUGAAUAGAGUCUAUGAAUAAUUC